AUGGCUUUAACAUUAGAAAAAAAUCAAAAUACUUCAUCAGUAAAACGUGUUAAUAACUUACUUGAAUCCAGACCAGAGAAUGAUAAGGAAGCUCUGGAAGCAUUGAAAGAAUUAUCGACAUUUUUUACCGACAACACUUUGAAUGCCCGAAGAAAUUUAUCUAGUAAUAUUGAAAAAAGAAGUUUAGUUAUAAACGAUGAAUUCUUAUCAAUAUUUAGAGAAGUUAAAUCAACUUUAGAUGACAUUCAUAGUGACGUUUUAUCAAUGAAUAAUUCAAUUCAGUCAAUGACAAACCGGUUACACACGACAAAAGCUCAAACAAUAACUCUUAUAGAUAGAACAACAAAACUUCAAAAUGAAAGUAAAAAAUUAUCGAUGCAACACGAUGUUGCUCAGGCAUUUAUAAAAACGUUCCAGUUAACAAAGUAUGAAAUAAGAAUUUUACAUGGGCUAACUCGAGAAGAACCAAUAACAGAAGAAUUUUUUACUGUAAUAACUCGGCUGCAAACAAUUCACACUAGUUGUCGAACUCUUAUGCAGUCUGGUUAUCAAACUCUUGGUUUAGAUGUAAUGCAACGAAUGACAUUGUUACAAGAAGCAGCUCUUGAAAGACUGUACAGAUGGACACAAAAUCAAUGUCGGCAUAUUGAAAAUGAAUGUAUUGCUCCAUUAUUGAUAAAAGCUAUGAAUAAAUUACAAGAAAGACCCAUUCUUUUUAAAUAUAUCAUUGAUGAAUAUUGUACGGCACGAAGAUCAAUAAUUGUUGGCUCUUUUAUUGAUGCUCUUACACUUGGAAGUACAUCUGGAGGAAGUCGCAACCCUAUUAAACUACGAGCUGAUGAUCCGACUCGUUAUAUUGGAGAUAUGUUAGCUUGGCUACAUCAAGCAAUACCUAUUGAAAAAGAAAAUCUUUUAACUUUGUUGAAAACCUGCGAUAAAACUGAUAUUUCUGACCAAGUAAAACUUGCUUUAGGAAAUAUUACAGAAGAACUUUGUCAUCCUCUAAAAUCCCGAGUAGAACACAUUCUUGCAGUGGAUGCUUCUGCCAGUGUUUUUUAUUCUGUGAUAGCUCUUAUAAGAUAUUACCUUAAAAUUUUCAAUGAUAUUAUACCAGAGAGUGCUUUUAUUAAAUAUUUGUAUGAAUUAUUGGAGUUAAAUGAGAGAAAUUUUAUUUCUAAAUUACAAAGAGAAGCACAGAUGGCUUUGGGAGAGCGACCAGAACCUCCUGGACAAGAUUUAGUACCAGCUGCAUCUGUAUCAAAACUUUUAACAUCACUCAAUGAAAUUUUAUCCAUUGCGCUUAUUGUUACUGGUGACGAUAGAGAAAAAGAUAUAAUUCAGAUUGUAUCAUAUAUCAUUGAUCCGUUACUGCACGAAAUUGAUGAAACUGCGGCGAGACUACCAGUAGUUGACAUGGCAGUGUAUCUUUUAAAUUGUUUAAAUCAAAUUCAUUCCACGUUAUCACUUUAUGAAUACAUGGAUCAAAGAUUAGAAAGAUUGCAAGCUCAAUCCGAUGCCCAAAUAGAUACUUUAACAUCCGAAAUUGCAAGCUCUCUUGUAGCUAAUUUAAAUUUAGGACCUAUUUAUACAAUACUACAGGGUAAAGAACAUGGUCCUCUAUCCGGUAUUCCUGGGCUAGAUGCUCUGAGUGUGAAAGAAUUUAAUAAUAAAUUAGAAUCAUUUCUAUUGAUGCCCGAUUCUUUUCUGUUACCCCAAAUAAAUUUACUUAAAAAUUGUAAUCAUCGCUCGACUGUGUUAGAACGAUCUUUUCAAGUUAUAGGGGCUAUUUAUAAACAACUGUAUGAAGCUUGCCAUGACCCCAAGAAUCAAUACGAAAAUCCUGAUAAAUUAUUUGUUAGAACACCUGAUCAACUUAUGGAAAAACUUUUGUCUCAAUAA